AUGUCACUGUUCGGCCAGCUGCUCACGCACCCUUCACGAGUCACAUUUCCAUGGUCGGCUCUUCGACAUGCCCUCAACCUCUACUUUGCGUCACCCCCCCACCUGCUCGACCCGGCCAAGAUUGGAUCUGGCUGGAAUGGGCUCAGUUUGAUCUUGACAAGCUUCAAGCGGCUCGAAGUUGUGCAAUCCACGGACGAGACAGAGGAAGUUCUACUUUGGCUGACGAACCUCAAGAGCGCCGCUGUCAAGCGAAGGCGGGUCAUGGCUAGAUAGCGAAGUGCAACGCUUUCACUUUCGCAUGCUCACCAACCUGCGAUCUCUUUUGCAGCCUUCAAUUCGAAAUUACCACAUCGCCUGCGCUGCAAGACAUCUUGACACAUUUGAUUGAGCCCGUUACGGAAGAGGAGAUGGCGAUAGGCAGAGCUCGGUACACCCUCGUCGAGAAAUUGCCCUCGGCUUUGUCCAUUCAACUGAUCACCUUUUCCCUUCUUUGCCGCAGCCAAACACACUCGUCCAAACCCAUAGGGUCGGCAUCCACCGCAACAUCGAUUGCAUACGACCCUUUCGCCCUUGAAGACCUCUCCAACGCGGCGCCACGAAAGAGAUCCGUCGAAAUAUCCAUCGAGACCGGAGCUUCGCACAAGAAGUCUCGACCAUCGGCGUCCACACCUUCGGUUGGGAUCGAGAAUGAUGCCGCCGAUUAUGAGGUGGCUGAAGCUGAUCGGAAAAGAACAAAGGUUGCAGUGCCUCCUGUCACAAACUCACGGCGGCCAGUACCCGCAGCGUCGUCGUCGCGGCGAGGCUCGGCGACUGCGACACUCGAUUCGAAACCGACGCCCGCGGCGGCUCGUCCCGCCGCCGAAGCGGUGCCAGCAUCGGCAUCCCCGAUCGCGGCCUUGUCUACAUCUCGACCCAAAAAAACUGCAGCGCCGGCGAAAGCCGUCGCGGUACCUGAAUCCGUAGACGCGUCUCCCGCUGUGAAGAAGGUUACCCGCAUUCAACGCCCCCACGAUCCGAAUCGGCCCAACUUUUCGUACUCGGCCUUGAUUGGUCAAGCGAUCUUGACUGCCCCCCUCAAGCGUCUCCGGCUAUCCGAGAUCUACGACUUUGUCACGAACAACUGUAAGAGAUCCGAGGUUUGGCUUCGUGCAUGGCCCUGUUGUGGAAUCACCUGAGCUAACCCUUCCAUUCCUCGUCUCACAUUCUUCUUCGUCUCAGAUUCGUACUACAAGAAAAACGAGUGCGGCUGGCAAAACUCGAUUCGACACAACCUUUCUCUUCAACCCGUGUUCAAGAAAAUACCCGACAACACGAUCCCGGGGAAAAAAGGCUGCUUCUGGACCAUCAUCCCAUCCGAGGAGUGGCGUUUCGCAGAUGGAGGCUGGACGAAGCUGGAGAAAGGCUCGCCGGCGGCUGCCGUUCAUCAACACAAGAAGGGGAAGAAGACCAGCACCGACUCGUCACCGUCGGGGGCGGGAGCCGCGGCAGCGGCUAGUCCGAAAGAAAUGGUUGUCGGUGCUGGGGCGGAGGCAUUGGACGAUGAGGAGGACGACGAUGACGACGAUGAUGAAGGCGACGGAGCAAUGUACACUGAGGAUGAUGAUUAA